AGUUGCGCAUUCAGUAUGGGUUCCGCACGUAAACGGCACCGUUUUACCCAUAAACAAAGGAAUCGAAGAAAAUCCGCUUUCACCAGCAGAAGGUGCAGAACUGGAAAAUAUUACAGAGAGACUGAUCUUUCUUCUUCUUCGUCUUCCGAAAAUAGGUUUAGGGUUUUCGUUUACGGAAAAUCCCCAAUUCAGUGACUUCAAAACAGCGUCGUUUCAUCACCACAUUCACGCCAAUGGGGACCGAACUGGUGGUCACAACGGACAGAGUCCAGAAGUUCUUUGGCGACCUGGACGAGCAGAGGGCGAUACUCUCCACCUCCACCAAGCUUUUCAUAACCCUCUCCGACCACUUUGAUUCCCUCCAGAAAUCUAUCUCCGAGAAAUCCUAUUCCCUCGAAUCCAAAACCCAAUCCCUCGAAUCCCGUACCCGCGAAAACUCACACUCUCUCGACCACCGGGAGGCUUCCAUCCCGGAGCGCGGGUCCUCCGCCGCCGCCAGAAUCGAGGAGCAGAAAGCCGCGGCCUUGGCAGAGGUGGAGAAGAAAGCAUCCGGCGAUUUGGAUUUGCCGGAGACCCUGAAAUCGUUUUGCAGGAAAAUGGACUCGCAGGGGUUGGUGAAGUUCAUCGUUUCGAAGCGGAAGGAGUCUAUAUCGCUCAGGGCGGAGAUUGUGCAGGCAAUUGCGGAGGCCGUGGACCCAUCAAGAUUGGUGCUUGAUGCAUUGGAAGAGUUUUUGGAUUCUAAAGCCAAGAAAUUGGGGGUUACCGAUAAGCGGUGGGCGUGCGGGCUGUUAGUUCAAGCUCUGUUUCCGGAGGGUAAGGCCGGCCCAAAAGGGCCGGAGUUUUCCAGGAGCAUGGUGGAGAGAGCGGCCGGGAUUGUAGAUACGUGGAAGGCGCGUAUGGAUGGAGAUUCAAACGGUGGUGGCUGGACGUUGGGGGCUGCGGAGGCGGUGAUGUUUGUGCAAAUGCUUGUUGGGUUUCGAUUGAAGGAGAAGUUCGGUGAGGAGUUCUUUCGGAAGUUGGUAAUGGAGCACGCAGCGAGGAGGGAUAUGGCAAAGCUCGCAGGGGCUUUAGAACUCGGAGAAAAAAUGGGAGAUGUCAUUGAUGAGUUAGUGAAGAAUGGCAAGGAGAUAGAGGCCGUAUAUUUUGCUUCUGAGUCUGGUUUAACUGAGAGUUUUCCUCCUGUUUCUCUGCUCAAAUCGUAUCUCAGGAACUCCAGAAGGAGUGCUACAAUCAUAUUGAAGAACGGAAAUAAUAGUGUGGCUGCAACUGAGGAGUCGAGCACUUUGGAGUUGAAUUCCAUCAAAGCAAUCAUCAAAUGUGUAGAAGACCACAAGCUUGAAUCAGAGUUUUCUCUUGAGAGCUUAAGAAAGCGGGCGACUCAUUUGGAGAAAGCAAAGACAGAAAGGAAGAAGAGCUCAGCAUCUUCCAGCAAGCCCCAUAAUAAUAAGCGAGCCUACGGUGGGGGUGGGGGUGGCGGCCAAGGGGUAGGACAGUCGUCAUUCCGCCCUGCCAAAGCAGCCAAGUUUUCCAAUUCCUACCCCUCCUUUACCAGGAGGAACCCAAAUCCUCUUCCACAACAUAGCCCCCCAACAAGAUAUUCUGGUCCUUACAGUUACCCGAGCCAAAGUGUGUUCGACGGUCCGACAGCACCAUCGUAUGGAUCCACAUAUGGAGCACCCCCUGCUCAAAGCCCCGCUGCUCUUCCUCAACACUACUCCCUCCCUGGGGACAGCAUGGGCGCUGCCAGGUUUGGAAGCAGUGGGGCUUAUGGUGGCGGCCAGACCAACUACGUCCCAUAUAAUUACUCGAAUGUUGCUCCACCGGCAUACCAGCCUCCCUCGUAUCCGCAAUAGCAAGAAGCAAAACAUAGGUCAGAUGAUAGUUGUGUGUAAUCUUGAGACAAAUCCCUCCUAACCGUACAAUGCUCCUAUUACAUCUGUUAGUCUAGACUUUAGAGAGUUGUAUUGUUUUGUGUACUUUGCCUCUCUCAACUAUUCCAAUCAAAGGUUAAACAAAAUACAAUGAACCAUACAUAACCGACCGUUUCUCA